GAUGGUGUCAUUCGCCUGCUUGAUGUUACCAAAGACAAAAUUGCUUUGAAGGAAGAACUUAACGUUACCUAUCCAGUAUCAUCUCUUGCUUUCAGCCCAAAUUAUAUGACUCUUGCGUGGGGCUCACCAGAUGGAACCAUAGAGCAUUACAUCUGUGGCAACAAGAACUCAAAGACCACUUUACUGGAUGUGAAACAUGGGCUCAUUGUGGGUAUUGGAGCACUGCCUUUAGGAUCAGACUGUGCCGUGUCACUUAGAGAAAGUGGCCUUCUGCAAGUAUGGAAAAUAACUGAUGGAACAUUUCAAUCGGAACUGCAGAUCGGUGAAUGGGCCGAAUCACUAGCUUGCAGCCGCCUAGCCCAGUAUGCUGUUGCAGGCACCACAUCUGGAAACUUGUGUUUUAUUGACCUUACAAACCCUCAGAAACCAAGGCUGAUCAUUAAACAAAGGUUGUUCAGACAACCUCUGAAGCACUUGGUUUUCAAUGGUGAUGCUGGAACACUCUUAUUUGUAGCAUCCAAUGUCAGCAGCAUUUUCGUUGUUGAUGCCCGGGCAACAAUGGGCUUCAAUGUACUAGGGUUUCUGACUGUGAGUGGCAAAACUCAGUCCCUGUCAACACACGUGAGUGGCCACAAUUCAACACUGUUAGUUGCCUGCAACAACAACCCUCAGAUAACAGGUUCAAAUCUUCUGUACAAGUUUACCAUCUCUGAUGAUACUAUUAAAGAUAUCCACCUACAUUACAAAAGUUCAAUGUGUGACAUCAAAGAGGAAUCCUGUCGAUCUCUUAAAAUGGGACUUCGGCAUGCCAUUUGCAGCAUGGCUCUAGGGGAGAAUGACAUUGUCUAUGCCAUCAGUGCUAGCAGUAAACGGCUGCUAACAUUCACCUUGCCAGAUCAAGAUAAAAAGUUGAGGAAGAUUGAUUUACUUUUGACUCCCACUGACGAUUACCCUGGCCAUCAUCUGCCAGGAGGGAAUGUACUCAUUUCUCCCCACUCAAAAUGGCUUCUCACCUAUGGACCAGAUGGCAACAUUAAGAUUAGGACCUGUGCAGCACUAGAAAGAACAGCAUUAUUUACACCCUUUGAGUAUCGAGAUGGAGGAGUUCAAACUGUAGCCUUCUCUGAUGACUACCUCUACAUUCUCUGUGUUGGUUUUGAUGACAGCAUCUGCUGUUGUCACUGGAAUCGCUCUAAAGGGAAAUCUGGAUCUGGCCUGGGUGCAAAACAGAAACGAGACAGAGAUAUGGAUUUUGCUAAUCGAGAAAAUAGUAGAUUGGCAGCAUUUCAAGAAUAUGUGCAUGGUUACAGGGGUAACAGGAAAGCAUCUGAAAUUGAGCAGGAAAGAAAGGCAGGCAUUGAACUUGCCAAGCAAAAAGCACAAGACAGGGAUGAAAUCUACAUAUCACCACCACCUUCCCCAAGUGUCAAUGCAACCUGGUUGGAACAGCGUGAGAUUGAUCUUCUUCGACAAGAAGGACAGCAUUUUGCAAGUGUUAAGUAUGAACUGCGAUCUCAGAUCAGAGAUAUCAGGAAAACAAUCCAGACUAUGAUGAUACAAAAUAAUGAUUUGGCGGACAUUGAGAAACUUAGCAGAAAUGAAUUUGAUCUUGACCUUGAGGAGCAGAACAGACUUCAAGCCGAGGGCGAGGCGGAAAUUCAGAAGGUUAGGGAAGAUAUCGAGUAUGAAAAUCUGUCUAAGUUGUAUCUCCGUGAAAAGAUCAAGGAACAAUGCUGGGAUAACAUGAAAGUGAAAGGAAGGGCAAUUCAGGCUUUUAAUUCACCUCUUGAGGUAACCAACUUUCCUCUCAGAGAGAGAUCAGCUGAAACCUUGAAGAUGAUCAAGACAGUGUCCACACGUAGGAAAAUUGAGAUGAGGGAAGCUGAGGCUAGAAAACAGAUAGCCGAAGUUUCAUAUAAAAUGUCAAUGCCUGACGAGGAGGGAGAAACUGAAGAAGCAAGUGAGAGUGGUGCAGACCAUUUAUCACUCAGCGGAAGCUUAGGUGCCCAGUGUGGUGGAGACAAUGAACUUUUCUAUAACCAGUUUGACCUGCACUGCCGAGAACAAAAGAUUGGUCAGAUCAUACUUAUAGAGGAUGCAAUUCAUCGAAUUAAAGAGGCUUUCAAUAAAGAAUUUGAUGAAGUGUAUAGUAAGAAGGAACAAGAGAUAACCAAGGUGAAAGAGAAAAACAAAAGAAUAAGCAAGAUCAUUGAUUACCUUGGACUAGAUGAAGGGAUUCUUGAGCCUACCAUGAGUGUGGCAGAAAAGCCAGAAUUGCUUUUUGAAGUGGAUGAAAGUGAGAUCAAAGCUGAAAAAUAUUUGACACCAGAACAGAGGAAGCAGCUGGAGGAAGAGAAGCGUUUAGAAGAGGAGAGACGUGCAAGAGAGAAAGGAGACAAUGCAAGAGAGAGGGCCUUAGAGAUGAUGAUGGGUGGAGUUUUGGAAAUCAAGAAGGAAGAUGAACUGAAAAAGGAUGUUCCCAAACCUGCCUUCAUGUUGACUAAGAAGGAGGAAGAGUUUAGUGAAGAAGAGCAGAAGAUGUUCAAAGAGUAUUUGAAAAAAGUGCAAGAUCUGAAUGAAGAAAGAGAAAAAUUCAAAAAGCAACUAGAUUCAGAACUGAGAAAGUUGCAAGUGACCAUCCAAGAGAAUCUGCAGGCAUUUGAUGAUACUCUAAACUCACUGUUUCAACACAAAGUCAAAAUUAUGAUGGUAGUUUUCCAGGAGGAACUGAAAAUCCUAAGACUUCGUUAUGCUAUGUUGAUCCAAGAGGAGAUUGAGAUUCAGGAGAAGGAUCUUGUGCAUGUAUUAGAACAGAAGAAACAGUUAAAGCACCAAACUUCUGAAGCUGUGGUUGAGGCCAAGAAGCAUCUGGAGCAUGUUCGCAAUGAAUAUGAUACUUUGCAAGCAGAAGACAAAUAUUUGGAUAGAUCUUUCAAAAGAGAAUUUACUGAUAUCUCUGCAGUGCUAGCAGAUGCAUUGUAUAAACUUUUCAAAAAAAGGCCACGAAUGCACAAGAUUCGACCUAGUGAGGCUGCUGUUAGCAAGAACUAUAACCCCUUUAUUGACCGGCCUUCUUCAGCUUUACAGCUUGCUCAGCAGAAGACCCUGCUGCACACAGGACUUGAGGAACUGGACAGGUUCAGCAAUGCACCUGACGGUCUUGAUGUCUCGGUGUGGGAAAGAAUGUGCAAAUUGAGGCACGCUAAAGUGGAAAGUGAGCUGUUGCUGAAGACCAAGGCACAUGCUCUGGCAGAAGUUCAGAGCUUUGUUCACAAAAGACAUACAGAGGAUGAGAAGCUGAAAGUAGAAAUUGAACAAGUUAAUCAUAAACUCAGCAAGCUCAAGGAAGAUGAACAGAGAUUUAUUUUGAAUCUAGAAGUUCAGUUGCUGUUAAAGCAAGGUCAAAUUGAAGUUGAUUCUGGUCCCUUCAUUCAAGACUUCCGUGACAGUGUUCUCAUCCAUCGCAGUGUUGUGGAGGAUUUGAACGCUACCAUCAAGCAACUUGGUGAAAGCAAAAUUGCCAGUAUGGUAGAAAGCAAAGAUUUCAGGAAAGGCAUCAUACAACUAGAAUGGGAACACAGGAAAAUGUCUAUGGAAAUGGAGGAUCUUGAGAGUAAAAUGAAAGACAUACAAUUCAUCAAAGUAACAAGAGAGAUUCAGGCCUUCCUGCAAGAAGAGGACUAUGAAGCAAAGAAACAAGCAGAAAUUGCUACCUUGGAACACACUAUUGCAACGUUGAAAAAGCAUCACGAGAAAAAUAUCACAAAAAGGAAGCAGACAUUGAAGACUUUAAGUAAAGGAGCUAGGAGCAAGGAGACUAGUAAUGAAAAACUGUAUGCUGAACUGCUUGAUCUGAAUGUGGUGGUAAAUGAACGAAGGCAUAUUGAGGAAGUUAAUGGUGGUUAUCGUGAUGAUGGUGGCGUAGCUAAGAGGUACCAAGAAAUUAAGCAGAGACGUAAACUAAUCGACUUAGCAAAGGCCCAAGCACAAGAAAUUGCAGUUUUACGAUCAGAAGUGGAGCGUCUCCGUAUGAGAACUUUCCCAGCUUUGGUCCAGGUGGAGCGCUGA